AUGGACAAUUGGUUCACGUCUGUCCCUUUGGCUCAUCAGUUACUAAAGGAACCAUAUAAACUUACAAUAGUAGGAACCCUUCGAGCAAACAAACGUGAAAUACCACCUGCAAUACUUGAUAUCAAAGAAAGACUAAUAGGUUCGUCUAUGUUCUGCUAUGAUAAACAAAGCACGAUAGUAUCUUAUAAGCCUAAACAUAACAAGAACGUUCUCUUGCUUUCUACCACUCAUGGCAAUGGUACUAUUGCACCUUCUGGUAAACCAGACAUUAUUGAGUUCUACAAUUCGACUAAAGGCGCCGUAGAUACCUUCGAUCAAAUGUGUAGUGGUAUGUCUUGUAGCAGAAAGACGCAAAGAUGGCCACUGUGCUACUUCUAUGGCAUGCUCAAUAUGGCAAUCAUAAAUUCUUAUGUUAUUUACGUACAUAAUAAUGUAAAACAAGGUAAAAAACCAGCAAGCAGACGAUGUUUCACGAAAGAUGUUUCAGUGAAAAUGACCGAACCGUGGUUACGUAAGCGUCGUGAAAUGCCAACUUUGAGGAGAUGCCUAAAAAGGAAGAUAGCAGAAGUUUUGAAUGAAACGCCUAUCAGCGAUACGCCUGGUCCAAGUAGAACCCAAAAAGCUUUUGUGAUUACAAAAAGCGUCGAAUGA